CUAGCGCGAAUUGCGAGAAGCUCACACAGGGUGUUUGAAAGACAAUUGUUGUCGUUCACAAAGUAGUUGCUAUGAAGAAGUGCCGUUGUCCGAAACGUCGCCUAUUUUAUAGAUGUGUUUUACUUUUAAGGCAGUGGUGUUAUUGACCAAUGUGUUUUUAAUUGUGUCGAUAGAUUUCGGGAGCGACUUUUUGGGUUUUCCUAACGACAGCAAUUUGUCAAAACUUCUGCCCACCAAUACUGUCUGGGACAAGGACAAUACCGCUUCUGCUUCCGUUUUGGCUUCCAGAAACGGAUCAGACUCUGAACAUGGACGGCGUGGAGGCAGCGCAGACGAAGGUGCAGGAUGCCGUGAGUGGCAUGGUGGACAAGCUGGAGAGGGAACACAUCCGUAAGAUGCAGGCACGCAUGUUCCGCUGCAGUGCAGAGUGCUGUGAAAACAGCGCAGCGUCAAUGUCGUCUGUACACCAUUGUAUCGAGAGAUGCCAUGCUCCUCUGGUGCAGGCCCAGAGUAUUGUCACCAAUGAACUGGAAAGAUUUCAGAACCGCUUGCAGCGCUGUGCAAUGAGCUGCAAUGACAAGGCCAAGGACUUGUUUGACUCGGGGACCAAGGAGCAAGUCGUAAAACAGCAGCUGGAGUCGUGUGUGCGCUCUUGUGCAGAUGAACACCACGAUCUCAUCCCCAGUGCGACUCGUCGAUUGCACGACACUCUAUCGUCCUUGCCACAGUAACUGUCCUCACCAGAUGAAAAUGUGGAGGAAGAGCAGUCGGUGAACUUGCUGUCUGGAGGGAAGAUAUUAAAUCUGAAAUCUUGUAUGACAUUGCUAGGGUAGUGAGGGUGGUUUGCACUCAGGCUAUUGGUGCAUGUACAAAGAAAUAAUUUAACCUAAAUAUGAGCUGACUUGUCAACAGCUUUUGCAACAUCUUUUUACAUAUGUUUUUUUGGAUACUGUGUGUGGUUUAUUGUGUUAAGUCUAAUGUUAAUGACUUGGGCCCUGACAGCUAUUAUAUUUUAUUGACCUAUGUGAUGAUUGAAAAUGCAGAUUACACUUGUCAAUAAAGGAGAAUGUGAAUUUA